AUGAGUGAAUCAUUAACACCUGUGGAAGACAGUAUCCGGAUGAUGCUUACGUGCAAAGUGCACAUAGGGACUAAGAAUGUUGAAAAUAAGAUGAAAAGAUAUGUGUACUCGAGGACACAAGAGGGCGUCCAUCUUAUCAACUUAGCAAUGACACUUGAAAAGCUUAAAAUUGCUGCCAGAAUCAUUGUCACCGUCCCCAAUGCGGAAGAGGUUGUUGUCGUCUCUGCUAGGCCCUAUGGUUCAAGGGCUAUACUUAAAUUUUCUAACUAUGUUGGUUCAUAUCCUAUUGCUGGCAGGUGGAUUCCUGGCACGCUUACUAAUCAAAUUACCCAGAAAUUUAUUGAGCCCAGGUUACUGAUAGUAACCGAUCCUAGAACCGAUUGCCAAUCCUUACGUGAAUCAAGUUAUGUAAAUGUGCCUGUCAUAGCCCUAUGUGACACAGAUUCGCCCUUGGACUACGUAGAUGUGGCAAUUCCAUGUAACAAUAAGGGCAAGGAAUCUAUUGCGUUGAUGUACUGGCUAUUGGCUAGGGAAGUUUUGUACCUAAGGGGUCAACUUGAAAGGGGGAUACCCUGGGAUGUGAUGGUUGACACCUUCUUCUGGCGUGACCCUGAGCAAUUUGAGCUCAGGCCCAAAGAGGAGCCUCACCGUCACGCCACUACUACUACCACUACAAUUGCUGAAAAGUAUCCCUCAGAAAUCCAUCAUACACACUCUUCACACGCAGGCCAUUCUACCCACGGACAUGUCGGCACCAAUUCCUUCAUCCAAGAUACCGAAUGGUCCCAGCCGGUGGGUACCAGCUCAUCAGUAGCCUCGGAAUGGAAAAUUGCUAAGGCGGCGGCCGAGGACUGGGGGACCUUUGUCGAGACCAAACCACAAUGGGAUUGA